CUAUUAUGUUGGCUUCGAAUGCUUUAUUGAAAGCAAAGAGAGACUAAUUAAGAGUUUAAAUAAGAAGAGAUCAACUGGAAAAUAUAUUUCGAUCAAAAAGAGUUAUUGAUAACAAAGAUUAACCAACUAAAUAUUGGGCUAUUCAUUAAGAAUUAAUACACAAUAUUGAAAGAUAAUCAAAUAAACUUAUAUUAGACAAAACCUUAAUGAAAGAACUUUUAGAAUCAAAUGAUAAAAUGGCUCUUGUAAUAUUAGCUAAUACUUGUGCUUCGGAGUCAGAUUAAACAAUUUAUACUUUAAUUAAUGACUAUUAAAUUCAUUUGUACUUUAUGCAAAAGCUCUAGUUAAAUGGUGAUGAAGAUAUUAGGUAUAGAUGUUAUUUAGGUUUGGCUAAUGUAUUAUAUACUGAUUCAAAAAUAGCUAGAUCUAUUAAAAAAUAAUUAUUUGAAUAAAACAUACUUGGAGAAACGUAAAAGUCAUUAUCUAAUUUAUAAUAAGAAUAACUUGAACAUAUAAAUGCUGUAUUUAGAUUAUUAUUUGGAUUAUUUGAUAAAAUUAAUGAUUGUGGUUGUUGUUAAUUAAUCAAAUAGUCAUAAAUAAUUGAUAUUUGUAUUAAAGUAAUCGAUUUAAUGGAUGCUAGAUUAAGUUUAGCAGCAUUAGUUUUAAGAAAGGCUAGUGAGUUUUGUGAAGGAUUAUUAGAAUUGUUUGAUGAUGAAAAAUUGUAAUACUUAUUAAAAUGUACUGAAUUAUAGGAUGACAAAUAAACUUGUUAAAUAUUAAGAUUAAUUGAUGAAUUAUUUAUGAGAUCUGAUCCUAGAAUCAUUAUUUCAUGUUUGGAUAAUCUAAACUUAGAUUCAGUAAUUAAAUCUGCUCUUGCUUAAGAAGAUAGUUAUUCUUGUUAAGCUGGAUUGGAUUUUAUUUAUCAUUUGGCUAUUAAAAAUAACGAAACUCUUUAAUCUUUUGCAUAUUUGUUUUAUGAUGAUAUAAUUUAAUUGCUUAGAAGUACUAAAUAGAAAAGAUUAAUUGAUAUUUGUUUGAAAAUACUAUCAGAAUUAAUUUAGUCAUAAAUUUUCAAAACUGAAAUAACUGCUUUGAAUGAAAUCAUUUUUGAAAUUUGUAAAGAGAGACACACAUUUUUUGAUUAUUAGAAUUGUUAUUAAGCCUUAGAGGUAAUAAUGGAUUUAAAAGAAUAUUAUGGAAUAGAGAUCACUAAAGAUAGAAAAAAGUAAAUAAAAUAAUGGAAAGAAAUUCAACAUGAACAACUUGAAGAAUUGAUUUCUUUAAUUAUAGAUGAUGAAUGA